AUUUUAUCUCGGGUAAUUGUUUUAUCACUGUUAUGUGUAGAUUGGCCUUAAGAGCCGUUCUGCAACUCCCCCAUUCAUGCGCUCAUGAAACAUGGUAUCGAUUUUUCUCAUGAGGUCAGAUGCGCGUCCCAGAAACACCGCAUAUCGCCUCUAUUCGCGUCAAAACACACCUAAAUACGCCAUGGUUGAUCCUCAAAAUGACGAUCCACCCUUGCUAAAUCUAAAUCCCGCGAGAAUUGCAGCCAAAGUUGUGAUACUAAUAAUCAUCUCAUUGAUGACCAGAUACACCAUGUUCUCCAAGAACCAAAAGCCUGUGCAUAAUGAUACCACAGGUGCUGUUGAUUCAACUCAAAAUACUCAAGGAAAUGUAACAAGUGAUCAAAGAAAUGAAAGUAAACUUGUUGUGAAUAAGAGAAAAAUAGUGCCACAGCCUGCGUGUCCAAAAUCAGACAUUAUAGUUGUCUUAGGCGGGAUUUGUGAAGAGUUGGUUCUUAAGCAUGAUUUUUGCACGCCAGAGGAUAUUUACAAUCACAAAAAGCACCAAUUACCGAAGAUAAAUGUGAAAAAUAACUCCAAUAAGGAACCACAAGUGCCAGCGAUCGUGAACUUUUUCGUGGGGUUCAUGCUGCUCUCCUCAGUAUUCGCCGCCUUCCUGGAAGUGUACCGCGCUCGUCGCGCCGCCGCUGCCGCGGACGGUCCUGGCGGUCAACAGGUGCUAAGUCGGAAGUGCUCGUUGGCCGAACUCACCAUCCUGAAACACCAGCGCAAGGAGAUGGCCCGCAGGGAGUCCCUCGCGGUGGCCCCACACCAAGAUCCCAAACAGCAUCAGCAAGAACUGACCAACCGCUUGUUAAUGGUAUCGAAAACACGUAACGCGGACACUGUUCGGGCUUCAGGAAAUGCAUUAUACUGGAGCAAUCCUUGAGCUAGCGAUAAUUGCGGGAAAACAGCUAACAAACUACUUUACCACAAAGUUGAUAAAGGCAGGAGCUACAGAUUUUCGCCAAACACCGCCGCUCCAACGUUGUUCAUCUUUACCAAUAUCUGCUGCUGCUCCCAGUAGCGUCGCCGUUGGGUGCUUCGAUCCCAGCAUCCCCCCCAUCCCGGAGUGCCCGAUCGCAUCCGCACCCGUCAUAAAACGACGCCAGUCGAUCGUGCCCGAACUCAGCGAUCGGCGGCAGUCGGUCGUUCUCGAAAGUAGACGACAGUCCAUCGUCGUGGAUGUUCGUAGACAGACAUCAGUGGCGGAGGGCAGAAGAAUAUCUGUGACUGAGCUGGAUAGCUCCCCGGAAAGGAGACAUCAUAGCAGGCUUGUGCACAGAUUGCAUUAGGAGGUUUUUCAUCUAAGAUUUUUUUAUGUUUACAUAAAUAUUAACACCUGCAUUAUUUUAUUGAGAAUAUUUGUUUAACAGAUUCUUUAUCCUUCAGAACUCGAAUACCUAUCAUAAAUACUCCAGGAGGGUUAGGUAAUUGUAAUCGCGAAAAAAUUUCGAAAAUGUGAUAUAUUUUUUGGAUAUUAUAUGACAUGUAUAUCACGAAAAUCCAUGUCACUCAUUUCCGUCGGUAUGUCUGUCUCUCGGACUGUCCACAAAUCCUUGGCCCGUCUAUAACUUGUUCGAAUUUUAAUAAAAUUGUUGACUACUAACAGUAGUAAGCUUGACAUAGGUCAAGGACAAAAAGCUCUGUAGUUUUUAAAAAUCGAUUCAGUGAGGGAAGAGCUACGGGCAAAAAACCGAAGACGACAACUCGCUCAAGCGCGUGCAUAUAGUGCACAGUUAAUUCCUUUCAUUUUGCACAUGACUAUACCAACUGCGUAACCAAGCUCUAUGUAUCUAUGGAACACACCACACUAUUGACCUGAUCGAGUUUCGGAACUUGCAUUACGCCUGGCUGCUAUUUCGUAUGCACGACCUUGAGAGAGAGAGGGGACUUUUCAUUUUUUAUUAGAAACUUUAAUAACCAGAACAGGGUCCAGGAUAAGAAUAGAAUUAGCUACUAUAGAUGAAACGUGCUUCCGUUAUUAUUUGAACAAUCCCCAUUCUAUGUAAUAUAUGAAGUUAUUUUGAUACUUCCUUGAAAUAUUUUUUUACUUGUAUUUUGAAAUUCUAAGAGUUACAGAAAUAGUUAUAUCAGUCUAGUGAUCACCGCGGACUUGUAAUUUGUAACGUAAUCUGAGACAGUUUUGUUGUUUGGGCGAACUGUUUUUCAAAUAUGGAAUUCCAAUCCAAAUCAGAGCUAUCAGAUGUGAUGAUCCAGGCCAAGCAGAAGCUAUAUGUAUUUGCAGAACUAAUCAUUCAUCGAUUUCUUCCAAUUUUCAAUGUUGUACGAAUUCUAUGUGUUAGAAUAUAUAUUUUAAGAAAAUCCGACAAUUGUGCACAAGUUAUGCUAGAUGUUGUUUAUUGGUUGCACAGAACAUAAUACUCUGCUAUAUAAAGUGCUUUUCAAAAUGGUUCCACCUUCUUAUUUUUUGAACGGCUCAAAAGCCUAAAUUCGAUGUGUUUUCAGAAAAUAAUGACAAUUAUUUAAUUUCGCGGGUUUGGAGAGUCCGACUAUCAAAUUUUAUUACAUGCCCAUGUAUGAUAAAAUUUUCAGCUAGAUUGAUUGUUUAGUUUACAUAUGGAGCCGUUAGACGUGCUUUUAUGAGCUCGGCGAUUUUUCUUGUUGAAUUUUGUACAGAAAAUGCGGCGAAUGGGAGUAGCUCAGGAGUCACUAAGUGAAGUCGACAACGGUGCAAAAUGAAACGUGUUAUAACAGAUGAAGAAACGUGAGUUUAUGGAUAUGACGUCGAAACUGAGGCGCAAUCGUCCCAGUGGAGGCAUCCUGGCUCGUCAAGACCGACAAGUGCAGUCAAACGUGCUCACUGUUUUUUGGAUUUUAAUGGCACCAUAAACUCUUGCCAAGGAGUACUAUCUACAAGUCCAACGCCGUUUGCGAGAGCAAAACGAAAAAAGAACGGUCGGAUUUGUGGAAAAACAAUUCAUGGCUUUUACACCACUUCAUUGCUUGUUCGUGAGUGUUUGGCCAAAAUCAAUACUGUAGCGAUGCACCAGCCUCCAUAUUCACCAGAUCUAGCUGCGUGUGUGUUUUUCUCAUUUCCAAAAAUAAAGAGCCGUCGUUUUACAAGCAUAUAUUAAAAGCAUUAAAAGCGCAUCGCUAAAAGGGUUAAAUGGUAUCCCAAAGAUCGAGUUUGAGAAGUUCGUCGAGGAUUGAAAGGAGAGCUGACACAAGUGCACAAUAUCUAACGUGGACUAUUUUGAAGGCGGCAACAUUAAUGUAAACUGAAAAAUAUGUUAUUCAAAAAAGGAAAAUUUACCUUGUUUUCUGAACACAGUUCGUGAGCAAGAAUACUAUAUUUUAGCGUAAAAGUAACAGCUGAAAACUUCUAGAUGAACAUUUUUCAAAUGUAAUAGGGGGGCGCCCUGCCGUGUGAUACCUCGUUUUAAAGGUCUUUCGUAGGUAUAAAAUCCAUCUUGUUUCGUCGAUAAAAUGUACAAAAACCCUCAAGUUUGGCAGAAGUACUAAUAAGAAGCCUCAAAAUGGACAAUAACAUGGCCCCAUUCCAUUAGGAAAAUGUCCCAGACAGCCAGCGUCCAGUCGACAACUUGAUAUGUUUAUCACUUAAACACUAAAAUACCAUAUAGUAUUCAUGCAUCAGUUUUACCAUCCAGAAUUUCAGCUUAACCCCUUCAAAAAAUGAAGUGUGGGUGCCUUUUUGAAAUCACCGAAUACGUCGCAUUCUGCCCACCGUUUCUGAAACGAUAUAUUAUGUAAUUCGUUGAGUAUUUUAAAUAUAUUCUAUGUGUAGUAUAGCUGUUCCUAGCCAUAAGCUAUUACGGUUGUGAACAUUGUUAUAGGCAUGUUUUAAACGAUGCAAUCUACAGCCCGAAAAGCAGACAAUAUUUGGUGGGGGCGAGUUUCGCACCCACAAUUCAUGUAACCCAUAAACGUGUGUUUCGUCCCUGUACAGGGUGUCCGAACCGUGCGAAGACAGAGUAUUGCUCCUCAACAAAAACGGUUCAAAGAAUACUAUUUACAUAUAUAAUUAUUAUGCAUGGUAUCUGAGUGCACAUUUUUAAAAUGUUCACAAGUACUCAAUGUUGACUCACAUAUCAGAGUUGAUUUUUGAAUGUUCAGUAACAGGGUGGUCAAAAACGCAAAACAUACUCUUUUUAAAAAACUAAAUGGCACUUCCUGUAUAUUUUCACAUUUUUGACGAAGCUACACAGUCAGCUAUUUAUUUAAAAACUUAAACACUGUUAUUAAGCGACCUCAGUUGUUUGCAUUAUAUUACGCUUAGAAAGAAUCACGGCUGAGGUAUGGAGUGUGUUUCUGGGGAUAUUCUACAGAUGCACAGAAGGUAUUUUUGAGCCAGAAAAGAAUAAUACGGUGCAAAGCCGGAGUGUUCCUUAGUACUAGCGGUAGGGACAUUUUUAGGAAAUACCAAAUUUUAACAUUGCCAUCACUUUUUAUUUUUGAACUUUGUGGGUACACUUUUGUAAAUAGAAAGCGUUUUGGGCUUAACAUAACAUACCCGGCAAAAAAACUAGUUCGAUAUUAACAUAGUAGUAGAUCGCCGAAUGUUUUGGGUUCAAAAGUGUUUAUCAUGUUAUCUGUAAGGGUCAAGUGCUGUGAUAAUUCGAGUCUUUUGGAGCAAAGAUGAAGAGGUUUUUAAUGAAUGAAGGUGUUUGUCUCUUUAUCUAUUUAUUCAUUUUAUGUAGGUAUAUACAUGUUUGUAUUUUAUUUAUAUCCUAUAUUGCAUUUUAUGCAUGUAUUUUCUGACGAUUCCCAUACACAAUUUUGUGUCGAAAUGAAAAUAAAGAACUUGAAUGUAAUAAGUACGAAAUUUCAUUUAAACCUUUGAUAUGUAUGCAAUGGGAACACCCUGUAUGAUUAUUUUGAAAAUGCGCCUCUGGAUAGCAUAUAUAAUAUACCAUAGUUUUCUUUAAAAUGUUUUUGUUUAGGAGCCAUACUCCGCCCUCGUACGGUUGGAACACCCUGUAUAAGUACAAAAAUAUCCGAUGAUCUAGUACCUCUACGUCACCGUUUCUCAACCUGUGGAGCGCGCCCCCCUGUAUCAAUAUUAAACGGGGGGCGCGAGCAUAUCAGAAAAAAAAUACUAACAACAUUGAAUAAUUUACUAAAAGGAAAGAAAAACAUCAUAAUUUUAUGACAUGGUCAAAAAUAAAAUACACAUUAACACUGAUGUAGUAGGUACACUUAUAAACAGGACUGUAUUUAUCCAUACUAAAUUAUAAGUAAGUUUAAUAAUAUUAAUUGUAAUGAAUAAUAAUAAUUACUAGUGAGUCCUUGGGCCUGAUUGCCGAGCAAAGCUUGUCAAAACAAGGCUUAAUAUUUGACAUAGGCACUCUGAGUUCUUUUUCUUCUUCUUUUCUUGUUCACGCCUGCUCAAAAUUCAAGCAGGGAUUUAUUAUGAAACUGUUUUUUGAUUUAGGCGUUUGGCGUCAAGUCUAUGAAGAUUUCUUCUUCGGCAGUUAAGAACCCUUCGGGAGUAAUUUGAGACGAAUUCCUAACCCACUCGUAAUUAAGUAUUAAUUUAUCGUCGGCAAGAAAAUAUUUUUUUUAUAUUCUUUGUCAGCAUCGCUACAUGCUUUUAAAUGGUUAUGAAAGCAACUUUCAUGUGUUGUUCUUCAACCUUAUAAGUUUUAAUACAUUCAUCCACAUUUGCAAACACUUUUAGGAUUUUUUGCUUUAAAUUUCUGCUCCACAAUUCAAAUUUUCUAAAAAAAUCAUUAGCUUUAUCACUCGUAUCCAAUGCAUUUGCUUCUUGCAGCUGAAGGUUCAAGAUAUUUAGUUUCUCGAAUAUGUCGACCAAGUAGCUCAAUUUCAUCAGAAAUAAACCAUCUCGAAACAUCUCGGCUUCCGGCCGGUUUUCUUCUUCUAGAAAAACGGCGACUUAAUGUAUUAAUUCAAAUGCACGUUGUAAACAUUUCCCACGUGAUAAACAUCUUGUCACGCCAUAGAAUAGUAAUGCUGAAUGUACCGCACCCAUAUCUUUACAAAGUACAGAAGAGAUUCUAAUUUUUUAUGUAAUUAAUUACUGUUACAACAGUAGUUAGCAUAAUAUUCAGGUCAGGAGACAUUUCUUUGGAAGCAACAGCUUCUCUGUGAAUCAUGCAAUGUGUCCAGAUGCACAGUGCAGAUUUUUCUUUCACAAGGGCUUGUAUAUUUUCAAAUCUUCCGGACAUUGAACGAGCCCCAUCGGUGCAUAUUCCGCCGCAAUCCUUCCACUCUAUGUUUGUCUCGAUUAUAUAAUCAUUUAAGAUAACAAAUAAUGUGCUUUAGAUUUGCAGAAAAGAAGUUCUUCUACUUCCGAUAUGCACCAUGAACGUAGGCAGUAAGAUGAGCAUCUUUAUUGUUGUCCGUUGUCUCAUCAAGCUCAAUUGAAAACAACUUGUCUCGCAACUUCCCAAAUAGCUGAUGCUGUACGUCUUCAGCUAUGUCACCAAUUCGACGGGCAACCGAAUCAUUUCAUAGAGGUAUCGACUCCAAGUUUUUGGCAAAAUUAUCUCCAAACUUUAAUUGCAGCUGGCAAAAUAAGCUCUUCACCAAUACUGUAAGGCUUCUUACAUCUGGCUAUUUCAUAUGAAACUUUGUAAGAGGCAAGUCAAGCUUUUUCAUUCGCUGUCAAAGUUUUUUUAAAUGUUUUUUGCUUUUCGUAUGAUUUUAAUUUUAACUCGAAGAAUUUGCGGGGUUUGUUAACGUACUCACUAUUAAGCGUUUCCAAAUGUCGUUUAGGUUUUUUAGGUUUCAUGCUAUAUGCUGUUAAAGUUUCUUCAUUGACGUCAGUACAUGUAAACCCAAAAUUUAAGUAUUCUUGAGAAUAUGUUUUUGAUUUUAUUUUUGGAACCUCUCUCGCCUGUGCACCUGUUGAUGCUUCACUAGAAUCGAAUGGUCGCUUACGACCACUUAAAAAAUUAUCCAAGAAAGGUUGAGAAACGCUUACCUUCGUCAAUAGCUGUUAGGCCGAUCCAAGUCCUCAGUGACUACUGUACCUGCUGUAAUUCCAAGGUACUAGUGUUCGGAGACUCUAAGAAACUCCAAAUCCAACAGUUCAUAUAUUUUCUUUUAUAUGGUCAUUUCUUUUACAAUAUGUCGUGUUAACCGAUUAAAAAUAUCGUUAUACUUUUCUCACUUUAGCUGGAAAUAGUCGACGAUACAUGUUGUUUCGAAGGUGGAUAAUAAUAUUUCAUAUGUGUAAUUUACUCUAUAAUAUUAUAAAACUUAAUUACAAUAAAGCCAUUUCCACUGUAAAAAA